GCUGUCUGCAGAAGAGCGGAUGAUAGCGAAUCACAGAAAAGCAGGGUUGCCGGACCCCUCGGGGGCAGCCUGUGGAUCCCUCCCUAGGAAAUUGCCACCUGGGCUUAUUAGGGAAGCAGCCUGAGGUUCCCCCACAUGCCUGCAAAGCUCAGCAAAGUCUCAGGCAGUUUUGCAAAAGCAGUUUCUUCAUCAAAUAUGUAACAGAAGGCAAGUUUCUAUUUGUCUAAUGCAAAUAAUGCUCGCCUUCAAAACGUUACAUCUUUUUUUGAGAAAACAAAGUUGGCCUUUUAUUGCCAGUGCCCGCAGUUAUUUCGAUUUUUACUUGGCUAAGCUCUGGCUAAAAGAAAAUGGUGUAGGAUGUGAUAAGGAGAUUUUGGGGCGCCGAGAAGUAACUCUUGCUCCCAACUAUUCUGUCUCCCAGGGCCCAAAAUUUCAGGUCUUCUUUUCUUGCUGUCCUCGCGGGGUGUAAGUCUAGGGGGGUGGGGAGCCAGCAGUCUGCUUGGCCUCCCCCUCUGCCCCUGAAGAGUAACUUCUUUGAAUGCAAAAGAGGUGGGGUUGCGGAGGAUCUGUCCUUAAGGGCUCAUAUGGGUGGGACCCAGAGACGGCAGUGAAGGGAGGGAGUGGUCCGCGGGUGGGAUCUGUGGAGCAGACAAAAUGUGGGGCCCCUGUCCCUUGAAGUUCAACUUGUCUCUUCCUGAGUGAGGAGCAAGUCGUCCGUAGUACGUUCCCCCCCACCCCCAAAGGGCACAACGGGGAAAGAAAAGCGACCAGGUUAAGAGUGGGCAGAGGAAAAAGCGAGUCAUGUGCUCCAGGAAACAGUCCCCAGCCCUGGCUCGGGAAGAGCGCUACCGCCCAGCCGGAGCCCCGGAGCAGGUCUUGGGAGCUGUUGACAAUAACAUGGGUGAUGGCUGCUCUCAGAAGCUGGCAACUGCGAAUAUUCUCCGCUUCCUGUUGCUCGUCUUGAUUCCGUGUAUCUGUGCCCUCAUUGUCCUGCUCGUGAUCCUGCUCUCCUUUGCUGGAACAUUAAAAAAAGCCUAUUUUAAAUCAAAUGGGACUGAACCUUUGGUCACCGAUGGUGAAGUCCCAGUGUCUGAUAUUGUUCUUACAAAUACGAUUUGUAACAAGAGCACUGUGACGUCUGCCACGCAUCCCAACCAGCACGUUCCAGCCUGGACCACGGAUGCUUCUCUCCCAGGGAACCAGAAUCACAGGAACACAAGUGCCUGUAUGAACAUCACCCACAGCCAGUGUCAGAUGCUGCCCUACCACACCACGCUAACACCUGUCUUCUCAUUUGUCAAAAACAUGGAAAUGGAGAAGUUCCUCAAGUUCUUCAUGUACCUCCAUCGCCUCAGUUGCUAUCAAUAUAUCAUGCUUUUUGGCUGUAGCCUCGCCUUCCCUGAGUGCGUCGGUGAUGGCGAUGACAGUCAUGGACUCCUGCCCUGUAGGUCCUUCUGUGAGGCUGCAAAAGAGGGCUGUGAAUCAGUCCUAGGGAUGGUGAAUGCCUCCUGGCCGGAUUUCCUCACAUGCUCCCAGUUUAGAGUCCAAAACGAAAGCAGCAACGUCAGCAGGAUUUGCUUCUCACCACAACAGGAAAGAGGAAAGCAAUCGCUGUGCGGAGGGGGCGAGAGCUUUCUGUGCGCCAGCGGGUACUGCGUGCCCCGGAAGCUGCAGUGCAACGGCCACAACGACUGUAACGACUGGAGCGAUGAGGAGCAUUGCAAUUGCAGUGAGGAUUUGUUUCACUGUCACACGGGCAAGUGCCUUAAUUAUAGCCUUGUGUGUGAUGGAUAUGAUGACUGUGGGGACCUGAGUGAGGAGCAGAACUGUGAUUGUAAUCCCACAAAGGAGCAUCGCUGUGGAGAUGGACGCUGCAUUGCAAUAGAGUGGGUUUGUGACGGUGACCAUGACUGUGUGGAUAAGUCCGACGAGGUCAAUUGCUCUUGUCACAGCCAGGGUCUGAUGGAGUGCAGGAGCGGACAGUGUAUCCCUAGCUCUUUCCAGUGUGACGGAGACGAGGACUGCAGGGACGGCUCUGAUGAGGAGAACUGCGGCGACAGUCAGACUCCAUGUCAAGAAGGCGACCAAAGAUGCCUCUACAAUUCCUGCCUUGAUUCAUGUGGCGGUAGCUCCCUUUGUGACCCGAACAACAGUCUAAAUAACUGUAGUCAAUGUGAACCAAUUACGUUGGAACUCUGCACGAAUUUGCCCUACAACCAUACAAAUUAUCCAAAUUACCUUGGCCACAGGACUCAAAAAGAAGCCUCCAUCAGCUGGGAGUCCUCUCUUUUCCCUGCACUUGUUCAAACCAACUGUUACAAAUACCUCAUGUUCUUUGCUUGCACCAUCUUGGUACCAAAGUGUGAUGUGAACACAAGCCAGCGUAUUCCACCUUGCAGAGCACUGUGUGAGCACUCCAAAGAACACUGUGAGUCUGUUCUUGGGAUCGUGGGCCUGCAGUGGCCUGAAGACACAGACUGCAGUCAAUUUCCAGAGGAAAAUUCAGACAACCAAACUUGCCUAAUGCCUGAUGAAGAUGUGGAAGAAUGCUCACCUAGUCACUUCAAGUGUGGCUCUGGACGGUGUGUUCUGGCUUCUAGAAGGUGUGAUGGCCAGGCUGACUGUGACGAUGACAGUGAUGAAGAAAACUGCGGCUGUAAAGAGAGAGAUCUUUGGGAAUGUCCAUCCAAUAAACAAUGUUUGAAGCACACAGUUAUCUGUGAUGGGUUCCCAGACUGCCCUGAUGCCAUGGAUGAGAAAAACUGUUCAUUUUGCCAAGACGAUGAACUCGAAUGCGCGAACCAUGAGUGUGUGUCCCGUGAGCGCUGGUGCGAUGGUGAAGCCGACUGCUUGGACAGUUCUGAUGAGUGGGACUGUGUGACCCUUUCUAAAAAUGUGAGCUCCUCCUCAUUCCUGACGGCUCACAGAUCUGCCAAAGAACACCACGUGUGUGCGGAUGGCUGGCACGAGACGUUGAGUCAGCUAGCCUGCAAGCAGAUGGGUUUAGGAGAACCAUCUGUGACUAAAUUGGUACAGGGACAGGAGCAAGACCAGGAGUGGCUGACAUUACACUCCAACUGGGAGAGCCUCAAUGGGACCACUUUGCAUGAACUGCUGGUAAAAGGGCAGCCUUGUCAGAGCAGAAGUAAGAUCUCUCUUCUGUGUACUAAACAAGACUGUGGGCGCCGCCCUGCUGCCCGAAUGAACAAGAGGAUCCUUGGGGGUCGAACGAGUCGUCCUGGAAGAUGGCCAUGGCAGUGUUCCCUGCAGAGUGACCCCAGUGGACACAUUUGUGGCUGUGUCCUCAUUGCCAAGAAGUGGGUCCUGACGGUUGCCCACUGCUUUGAGGGGAGAGAGAGCGCUGCCGUCUGGAAAGUGGUCUUUGGCAUCAACAACCUAGACCAUCCGUCGACAUUUAUGCAGACGCGCCUGGUGAGGACCAUCAUCCUGCACCCUCGCUACAGUCGAGCUGUGGUCGACUACGAUAUCAGCAUAGUGGAGCUAAGCGAAGACAUCAAUGAAACCAUCUACGUGCGGCCGGUCUGCUUACCCGGCACGGAGCAGUCCUUGGAACCGGAUACGUACUGCUACAUCACAGGCUGGGGGCAUAUGGGCAACAAAAUGCCUUUUAAGCUGCAAGAGGGAGAAGUCCGCAUCAUCUCUCUGGAGCAAUGCCAGUCCUACUUUGACAUGAAGACCAUCACCACCCGGAUGAUAUGUGCCGGCUAUGAGUCCGGCACAGUCGACUCGUGCAUGGGUGACAGCGGCGGGCCACUUGUUUGUGAGCGGUCUGGAGGACAGUGGACAUUAUUUGGUUUAACCUCAUGGGGCUCCGUGUGCUUUUCCAAAGUCCUGGGGCCUGGGGUUUAUAGCAAUGUGUCCUACUUCGUCGAGUGGAUUGAAAGACAAAUAUACAUCCAUACCUUCCUCCUAAACUAAUCCCAAAGAUGAUCAGAGACUUUUGCCAGCUACUUUCAAAGAAAAUGGCCUUUUUGACUGUGGAGUGCUUCCCGCAGACAGCUGAACAGAAGCACUUUCCGUGGACCGGGAUGCUCGGCAGUGCACUGCAAAUUUUCAUGUUUGUUUUGGUCUAAUUUUAUUCCAUUUUUUUUCAACUUUAGUUUUCUCUUGUUUCAAGUUUAAUGAAGUCUUUAAAAAAAAAAAAAAACCCAAAACAAAGAAAAGCAGAUUUUGUUCUCCUGCCAGGCCUAACCUUGACCUUAGCACAAAAUUUAUCAGCCCUGGAAUAUGACAGGUGCUAGGGGAGCAGGUUAUGGAAAAUUCUCUUUCAGUCACAAAGAGGACCUUGAGAUCCAGGAUGACUAAUCUUUGCCGGUUUUUGUUUCUUGAGCACAGUGGCAAAUUGCAAUAUUAAUGCUGGAGACUUGCUUUUGAUUUAUUAAAAAGCCAGGAUAAUUUACAAGCUUAAAUGAUUUACUGUUACUCUUCUCAAGUUUGCAUAAUUCUGAGAACCUAUGACAGACAGAUAUAAAAGACAAGUAGCAUCCACUGCGGUAGCUGAAAUGGAAGGACAUUUUGAACACAAAGUUCUUCAGACAUCAACAUUAGCUCUCCCAUAGAGGACUGCACGCUCUGAACUCAAAUCAAGGAUGUUGCUUUAUAGAAAAGUCUCCACAAAAGCUUCUCCAGAGCUGGGGUUUGUUCAUUGUGUAUCGGCUGACUGAGAUUUUAACAACUAGAAGCAUAUUCGUGGAAAACAUUUUGUUUUGCCUGUGUGACAAUGAAUGGAGUUAAAGCUUGCCAAAGGAGAACUCGCUUUAGACUGGAGAGAUUCAAUUUUGGAAGAGGAAAAUUAAAUUGCACCCAACCUCCAAUUCCAUAUUUUCCAAUUGUCCUGUGUUCACCCAUAACAAUAGAGUCGCAGAACCGCAUCUCAAAGCACGGUGAAAGUUUGCCUGGAGUACCACAUUUUGUCCUUGAAACAUGUUUCCUAUCUGGUGUUGUUGCCAUUUCCUCCUGUUGAUGGUUAAAACAAAAUUUUUUUUACUGCUUUUAAGCACUAGGCCACUUUAUGCACAUCAAUCUCUCCCCACUAAAAAGCUCCAAAAUAUAGAUUUUCACACGGAAGUAAUUUAGUUAGGUGUUCAUUUUGCAACAUCCAAAUGCCUUUUGAGCAAGUAGGGUUCCCUACUAACCUUCACCAGCAAGCAACCCGGACUGCCUCAGCAGACACUACCUGCUAUUUUAUACAUGUAUUUUUCUACUCUUUUCUAUGUGCCCACAUAUUUCAGUUUCAAAAAGUUGUCUUGACACGUUCCAUGUUAUUCCUCUCCUAUUCUCUAGUUUGUGUGAACCUACUCAGAAUGUGAAAUCCAGCAACGGAAUUGCAGUCACAACUGUAUGAAAGUUUAAGAACAUUAUGUCAGUUUUGUUAUAGUUGUAGGUACAUACUUAAUGUAAUAACUUUUAGCCUUGCUCAACUUCUGUUCAGUCAAGUGUACCUGUUGUACUUAUUUUAAAUAACCUGCAAUACAAAUAAAGUGGUACAAUCCUU